AGCAGCAAAGGAACUGACUGAACAAGCUGACUGGACACAGGACAACCAGCUGUUUACAGGCAUGCCAUCUCUUCAUCAACAUCGCCGAACGGGAGAGGUAGCCAGGCGGUGCAGUGGCUGCUACCUUGCUUGUCUCUUCUGCACGGUGGUCUUCUUAAGACCAGCUCUGCCGCUACACGCCCCACCAGUGACAGCAGCCCUCCAAUCUGCAUUCUCCGCUACUCGAACCAACAGCAUAGUGGGAGGCCAUCAGAAAGCAGUGACCUUCAACAGGCUGCUGGUCAACAUCGGCGGGGACUUCAACCCAGACACGGGUCACUUCCGUUGUCGAAUCCCUGGGGCUUACUACUUCUCCUUCUCCAUGGGGAAGUUCCCAAAGAAGAUGUUAUCCGUCAUAUUGGUUAAGAAUGGGGAGGAGGUGCAAGCCAUAGCAUAUGACGACUACCGCAAGAAAGGACGGAAAGUUCAAAGCCAAAGCAUCCUGAUCAGCCUGAAGGCCAUGGACACGGUGUGGCUGCUUCUACAGCAAAGCCCCCAGUAUGCCCUAUACAGCAACGCUGGCCCUUAUAUCACCUUCUCCGGUUACCUUGUCUACCCCGCUACCUCGCAAAGCAGCCCGCUCAACAACCACCUGUCCCCAGCAGGACUCAGCUACCGGGACUGUCCUCCGCAAGGGGAUCACCGCUAUAGAUGGGUCAAAGGCCAGACUUCGGAGCAACCCAAGUCCGCCUUCUCAGUGGCCCGGACGUCAACAGCCAUGGGCCAGAGUUCCAAGCAGCAGGACAAGAAGCCGCUUACUUUUGACGUGGAGUACGUUAACAUCGGGGGUCACUUCAACAAAACGUCGGGUACGUUCACCUGUGCGCAUCCUGGGGCGUACUACUUUGCUUUCACUGUGGGCAAGCACCCGCGCAAGGCUGUGUCGGUGAAGCUGAUGACGGGCCGUGGGGAGGUGCAGGCCAUGGUGUUUGAUGAGGACAUGUCGAAGCGGAGGGAGAUGCAGAGCCAGAGCCUGCUGCUGCCUCUGCGCCGGGGCGACAGCGUGUGGCUGUACAGUCAGCAGGAUGAGCGCUACGCUGUGUACAGCAACCAGGGACGAUACACCACUUUCUCCGGCUUCCUGGUGUACCCUGAUGCAGAAGCAGCCCCAGCUGCGGCCGACACCCAGGACAGAACUCCUUUCUGAAGCCGGA